ACCGAAAGGCCCGCGUUGUCGCAACCAUCAUAUCUAUUUCUCGCUCGACCCUCUUUCACCUCGACCGCAGCAAUCUAUUCUCUCUGAGACCUGAAUAAUCAACCCAAAACGGAAUCCAAUCCACGCUAGCCAGUUCAUUCACCCACUGCAACCGGCGAUACGACGUGACUAGAUCUUAAGAUGGGCCACGGCAGGACGCUCGAGUAUCCCAAGACGCCGGUGAACAGGGUCAACCGGUAUAACCAGCGAGCAACCUAUGACCUCGAACAAAUCCACACCAUCAUCAACACCAGCACGGUGGUGCACGUCUCGUUCAACACGCCGGACGCGGCGAAUCCGUUCCCGGUCACGCUGCCCAUGGUCGGGGUGGCGGCGAGCUUCGAGCACCCGUCGGCGUCGCUGGGCGAGCCGCUCGACAUCUACCUGCACGGGUACGUCAGUUCGCGGCUGAUGAACCUGUCGCGCAACGCCGGCGGCCAGGGUGCCCCGGACUCGGCCUCCCCGCCGCCACCGGCGCAGGGACUGCCCGUGACCAUCUCGGCGACGCUGGUCGACGGGCUCGUCCUGACGCUCACACCCAACACGCACGACGUCAACUACCGCUCCGCCACCGUGUUCGGGUACGCCAGCCUGGUGACGACGCUCGAGGAGAAGCUCUGGGCCAUGGAGCAGGUCACCAACUCGGUCGUGCGCGACCGCUGGCGCCACACGCGGGUGCCGCCCGACGGCGCCGAGAUGCAGAGCACCAGCAUCCUCCGGGUCAAGGUCGUCGGCGGCAGCGGCAAGGUCCGCGUCGGCGGCCCGCGCGACGAGCUCAAGGACCUGAAGAGGGACGACAUCCGCGACACCGUCUGGACCGGCGUCAUCCCCGUGUGGGAGUGUUUCGGGGAGCCCGUGGCGUACAAGGGCGUCGUGGAAGGGGAUGAGAAGGCAAACCGAGUGAGCAGUGUCCCCGAGCAUGUGAGCGAGUUUGCGAGGGAGAUGAGGGAGCAGAACGAGAAGUAUGCCUUGGCAACCGUGGUGGACACGAGCCAGGAUUGAGUGGCGCGUGAUGCCCUUUCGGUCUCAAUGAAGAUGCAAUGACGGCGAUUCCAUCCCCCCAUUCCAGUCGAAGCAAAGGGUGAACGGGAGGGCGUCUGAGGCGUUGGGAGAUGUAGUCGGCUGUUAUGCCGCAAUGAUAGAAUAC